AACGAACGCUGACCGAUUGGAAGGAGCGCAGAGAGUCGGAAUGAAGUCCAUCCCGGAGGAUUUAACUCUGCUCAUCUCAGACUUGGAAACCUUUCUGACAGACAUUCUGAAAGGUGAGAAUCUCAGUAAAAAGGCCAAGGAUAAAAAAGAUGCUUUAAUAAAACGGGUGAAGGAGCUCAAAUCCAGCUAUCCUCAGGACUUUAAGGAAAAACGAGAUGAGGAGUGCGAUGAGCCCGAGGAGGCCGACAGCAACGACGGCGGUUCGCUGCACUCCGAGCGCACCGACAGGGACGAGGAGAUGGCAUAUGAUGGAGUCCAGCAGGCCCCUCUUGUGGCAGCCCAGGAUCUUCCGUCCGUCUUUAAGAGCGGCUACCUGGAAAAACGAAGAAAGGAUCACAGCUUCUUUGGUACGGAGUGGCAGAAGAGAUGGUGCGCCCUCAGCAAUCACACCUUCUAUUAUUACGGCGGUGAGAAAGAUAAGCAGCAGAAGGGCGAUUUUAACAUUGACGGGUACAGCGUGAGAAUGAACCCAGGGCUACGCAAGGACUCCAGAAAAGACUGCUGCUUCGAGAUCUCUGCUCCGGACAGACGGGUUUAUCAGUUCUGUGCCGCCUCGCAGAAGGAAGCGGAGGAUUGGGUGGAGCAGAUCAGCUUUGUCAUAAAAGAUAUGGACGGGAUCAUUCCGUUAGAGGAGGAAACCUACGAUGACUGCCUGCCAGCGAGCACCGCGUCUGUUCCUGCACCCAUCGACGAAGACAUCUACGAGGAGCUACCAGAGGAAGAGCUUUCUCAUUCUAAUAAAGCCGCGCCGGAGCCAGUCAGCAAACCCCCUGCAGCACCUCCAGUGACAGCUGUGAAUAAGAUCACAGACUACCAGAACUUCUUCCAGGGUUUGUGGGACUGCAACGGAGACCAAUCCGACGAGCUGUCGUUUAAACGAGGAGACGCCAUCUACAUCCUCAGCAAGGAGUACGAUACUUUUGGCUGGUGGGUUGGAGAGAUUAAGGGUGCCAUUGGCAUUGUACCCAAAAACUACCUGACAGAGAUGUACAUUCUGUAAGGGCAUUAAGGAGUGCUGUUAUUUCUGCGGAGCGCAAAGUAAACGGACAACAGAUUACAGAACAGCUCAGACGUGACAAAUCUGAUGCUUAACGUCGUCUCGCUUCAUAGAUGACGUGAUACAUGCAUGCAGGCUUUGCUGUAUUAGAAAAUAUAGAUAAUAUAGAUUGAUAUGUGUCUAAGUUAAAUUGUGUUAUGAAUAUUUUGAUACAGUAAUGUAAUACGUUAUGAAGAUGGCACAGUGUUAUAUAAAAUAAAGAUCUU